AUGGUUGGCAAACAAAUUCGUCCUCAACUUAACGGUAGCACCAAUUCGUUCAACGGAAGCAGCCCCUACAUCUUCGGCCGGAUGAAAGCCGAACUGAACGAUGUGCCGGCCCAGACGGCGGCCGGUUCGACGCUGCCACUGGUCGACAUGCCCAGAGACGACGAGGAAGCGGGAGACUAUGAUCCGUUCGAAAACCGGAAGCUAACCCACCCGACCACCGACACCGAAACGCUCGUCCAUCUGCUGAAGGGUUCCCUCGGGUCCGGUAUCCUAGCGAUGCCGUUGGCAUUCGUCAACGCAGGCCUUUGGUUCGGUUUGGCGGCCACCAUCAUCAUCGGGGCCAUCUGUACCUACUGUAUCCACAUACUGGUGCGCUGUUCGCACAUCCUGUGCCGGCGAGCGCAGAUACCUUCGCUUGGGUUUGCGGACGUAGCGGAGGUGGCGUUCCUGGCCGGACCGGAACCACUGAAGAAGUACUCACGCUUGGCACGGUUCAUCAUCAACCUGUUCCUGGUGGUCGAUCUGAUCGGUUGCUGCUGUAUCUACAUCGUGUUCGUCGGAACCAACAUCAAACAGGUGGUGGACCAUUACACCCACUCGUACUGGGAUGUGCGCGUCUACAUCCUGAUCCUGCUGGGCCCACUGAUUCUGAUCAAUCUGAUCCGCAAGCUAAAGUACCUCACACCGUUCUCGCUGAUCGCUAACGUGCUGAUCGGGGCCGGAGUAGGGAUUACGCUGUACUACAUCGUCACGGAUCUGCCGCCCCUGUCGGAGCGCAAGGCCGUGGCUGAAGUGCAGCAUCUGCCCAUGUUCUUCGGUACCGUCAUCUUCGCCCUCGAGGGUAUCGGCGUCGUGAUGUCGCUGGAGAACAACAUGAAAACCCCGCAGAACUUUAUCGGAUGUCCGGGUGUGCUGAACAGCGGCAUGUCGGUGGUGGUACUCCUGUACGCCACCGUUGGAUUCCUGGGAUACUUGAAGUACGGAGACGAGACCAAGGGUAGCAUUACGUUGAAUCUGCCCGUUGAGGACGUUUUGGCCCAAACGGUUAAGCUGAUGAUUGCGGUGGCCAUUUUCCUGACCUACUCCCUACAGUUCUACGUGCCGAUGGAGAUCAUUUGGAAAAACAUUAAGGGCAAUUUCAACGAGCACAAAAAUGCCGCCGAGUAUGCGCUACGCAUUGGGCUAGUGAUCCUGACGGUGGUAAUUGCAGCGGCACUACCGAACCUUGGCCCAUUCAUCACGCUCAUCGGUGCCGUUUGCCUCAGCACACUUGGUCUGAUGUUCCCGGCCGUAAUUGAACUUGUGACAUUCUACGAAAAACCCGGCUACGGUCGGUUCAACUGGCGGUUGUGGAAAAACAUCUUUCUCAUUCUGUUCGGUGUGGUCGGAUUCGUAACCGGUACCUACGUCAGUAUUGUAGAGUUCUCGGAGCACCUCCAGGAAGAGGUCUAGAACACGCUCUCCCCGCCAGCUUUUGCUUGCCAGCAUCUGCCGAAACCUUGUGAGGUAGGGUGGAUAGAGUAUGGCACGCAGCGCGCUCCGCGCACGAAGCAGGACGAGUGCGUCUGACGUCAUCGAAGAAGUUCCCAGGUCGCAGGUUGGUUCAAUUUGAGGACCUACGAGGCUUGCGAAUCGAGAUCCGUCCUUUUUGGUUGGCAAGAGACCUUCAACUGCGCACUGCUGCAGUGUACUUUCCGGGCACGGGCUCGAUUCAGGGAACUGGUUCCAUCGAUGACUUCAACACGCGCGGCUAGAUUAGUCGCAUAUGCAUGCGGUUCUGUGUGGUUUGCACUUUAAUGUUUCGUUUUUAUUCAAUUAACAAUAGUUCAAUCCCGAAACGUUUGGCAACGUAGCGGUUCCAAACCUUCCCAGUGUGUUUUCCCAGUUAGCGACUAGCGUGCCAAGAGUCCCACCUCGAAUCUGAUUCGAGUGUCAUAUCUGCGAUAUUUAAGAACGGAAGGUGAUGAACAUGUACAUCUACGACACAACUCGAAGAGAACGAAGAGUUUGACAUACCUUCAGGACAGAGUUACUUUCGAAGACAAUGACCGCACACGUAAAUUACUAGACAAAACGUAGGGAACGACCGGAAUUCGACCGGACCAACUGCAAGACGGCUCUAGAAACUAGAAACAAUAACGCCAUUCGAUGGAAACGGGGCGAUCGGAAAAAAGUCCAACUGGACGACCUUUCGACCUGCUCGUGAUCCGGGAGAAUAUGAAAAAAGUCAUGUGCCUAGAGCCUAGCCACACUGGAUUGUGAUGUUAAGCUGUCAUCUAGCGUUUAAGUGCUGCAGUGCUGCUGCUGUGAACAACAGAACCGCAGAGAAAUAUAUAUAUUUAUCGAUUUUAUCUUUCUGUACAACACCUAAGGGCGUACCCUUCAUGUAACAUUGUUCCUGAGAUAGUUUAUAGAUCGGAGAACGGUUAGAAUCGUAGUGUUAGUGGACGUGCAGAAGCAUGGGAACCGACUUUCUUUUGAAUAAAACAGGAAGACAGUCCGGAAUGCAACGAACAGACUCGGAAUUAACUCGGAAGUGUCAUGAAACGAAGUGUUCCACAUCGUGUACAGUCGACAAUAAACUAAUUAACAGACAUACCAAUAAAUCAAACUUACGACUUUUUUUAACAAGUAGAGCUUCCCCUUUUUCAGACGUAGAACUAUUGUUGGCUUUCUGUUUUCCAUGUUUCCUAUCGUUCGUUACAAAAGUAUACAGAUGCACAACUACUGCAUAUAAUUAUGAGUAUCCUUGAAUUAUGAAGAUGCCUUGACGCUAUACAUUAAAUAUGUUGGCGAUAGAAGUUCAAUAACUAACAUUAUGAAGAUCUUAGCAUGUAGAUUUAUAUUGUAAGUUAUCAAAAAUACGUUAAGUUUGUUGAUGAUGUGUUUCAAAUAUUAUUGAAUAAAUGGCCCACC